CAUCGUAGCACGUCUUCGAGCGCCGCGACCGCGACCGCGAGCUUUCCGGCUGCAUGCGCAUGCGCUGAUCACUUUCCAUGCCUUGUCCGUCUCCGUAAGCGAAUUGCACAAGCUCUAGCACACGUCGCGCAUACGGUCAUAGCUGCAGCCCCGCAAGCGGCGGCCAAGGUUCAUGUGAGCAGCAUGAACUUCGACGACGAAGAUGACAACGGAGCAGGCUCCCAAGAUUCGGGCUCUGAGAAUGACAACGACGAGGUCAUGGAAGACGUAGACGACGGCGACGCAGAUGGCGACGCUGACGGAGAUGGGGAUGGAGACGAUGGAGACGACGAUGGCGAUGACGGGGAUGGAGACGACGAUGACGCGAAUGGAGACAACGACGAUGAUGACCAGGACGAUCCAGACAGUCCCUCGCAACGGCAGCGCAACGGCUCCUCUGCCAUGCCCGGCCCCUUGAGGUCAGACACGAAUCCCACAGUUACUCUCACGUCUCCUUCGCCGCGAGCUGCUGAUUCAGGCGGAGGUUUGCCAUUUCGACCGAGCAUACGCCAGGAAGCCCUCAAUGCGCCCGUCUACGACAUAAUCCCUACCAUCGCAGCCCCGCACAGCACGUCUAUAAACGCCAUUACCGCAACGCCGGACAUGCGAUGGGUGUUUAGCGGAGGCGCAGAUGGAUAUAUAAGAAAGUUCAAUUGGAUCGAUACUGCCAACGGCAAACUGGCCCUCACCGUGGCCCAGCGCCAUCCGUUCGUCGACAGUGUUACCAAGGCUGGGGUGCUCCUGAGCUACUGGGAGAACGAAGACUCGGACCGCAACGAAGACGCCACCACUCUCUCGCCCGUCUACUCACUCGCCGUCCACCACCAGUCCCUUUGGCUGUUAUCUGGACUGGAGUCUGGAGGCAUAAACCUACAGUCUGUGCGACAUGAGGAGGGCAAGCGGAUACACACUCUUCGACAGCACACCUCGGCCGUGUCAGUUCUGACACUUGCCCAAGACGAAACGUCGGUGCUCUCAGGAAGUUGGGACAAGACUAUCAACGACUGGGAUCUCAACACUGGACAAGUGAAAAGACGCUUUGAGACGAGCGGCGGUCAUCAGAUCUCUGCAAUCGAGCAACGCCCAAUGUCUACAUUGCCUAUCCCGCAGGACACAGACAUAGUGCCCGUCUCCAACGGCACAUUUUCGUCCAAUAAUGCAUCCCGCCCACAAGCUAACGGUCUCUCCAACGGCCUUGGGCCAUCCAGCCGACCCUCAGCCACAGAAACGAACGGGAAUGAAGACGCUGCGGGCUCGCCUGAGGACUCGUUGUUCGGGGACAAAGACUCUCUGUUCGGUGACGACAAGGACCCAUCUAAUGGCCCUUCAGCGCUCGCGCCAUUUGGUGACGAUGAGGAAGACGAGUUCUCAAGAGCCAUUGCCAAUGGUAUUCAACAGGCAGACGAAGCUGCAAAUGCCGGGAUGGAUAUGAUGGAUCUUGGCGGCCCUGUCCAAGCCCCCGCCCGAGAACAAUCGCCCGAGACCCUGAAGGAACCCGCGGGGCCUGCAGAAGCCGACAUCAUGGUCAAUGGAGUAACCGACGGUGAACCGAGCACGCUUGUGAAUGGCCUUCCACACUCUGAAGAAAUAUCAGGGUUAGUCGGUACAAGCGCAAUGCAAGCUGAACAACCGGCUUCCUCUGAAACAACGUUUCUCGACGCGGGCAUUGAUGGUACAAUUCGCAUCUGGGAUCGACGGCAAUCGAAUCCAAUCGCUCGCAUAGCGCCCUCUCGCAAUACUCCCCCGUGGUGUAUGAACGCCUGCUGGUCACCGGACGGCAACUUUAUUUACGCAGGCCGAAGGAACGGUACUGUAGACGAAUACAGCCUUCAUAAAAGCCUGCGGGAACCUCGAAGGACCUUUAAAUUCCCUGGCGUCAGUGGUGCCGUGAGCGCUGUGCGGACGAUGCCCAAUGGGCGCCAUCUUGUUUGUGCUUCGUACGACAUUUUGCGAUUAUACGAUCUUCAUGAGCAAGAGAACAAAAAUCUCGCUGUACCUUUCCUAAUCGUGCCGGGCCACCGAACAGGUGUAAUUUCGCAGCUGUACCUUGAUCCUACAUGCCAGUUCAUGAUAUCAACCGGCGGCAACAGAGGCUGGGAAGGGAGUUCGACGGAGGUGUUGCUCGGAUACGAGAUUGGCAUUCCAUCUUGAUGUGCUUUUGGUAUACCCUUGGUCGCGGCGUUGUGGUAUACUUGGUUUUGGUUAUGAACCGAUGUUGCCUGGGACAGCAGCAUCUUUAGCAUUGCAGACAUGUACCUAUCAAUCCAAUAUAACGUGUUUUACAAGCGAGCGGCGC